GGCCCUGCAGAUUGCUGAGUCACGAGUGUUUGAAGACAGCAAAGCAAAGCCAAGUGCAUGUGGAUCCUGACUUCACUUCAACUCCAACCUGAAGCGAGGACUCCAUCAGAGUGAUCAGCGGUCCUGGUUCUGCAGAUCUCCUGUUCAGGACAAGUUUACAGUCAAAUAGAGAAACAAAAGGUUGUCACCUUUGACAUGAAGAUGCAGCAGAAAAGCACUUUGACAGGACGGAGAGCUGUGGUGGUGAUGUGUGCUGUGUUGCUGCUCAUGGGUCAGCAGGUCUGCGCCCGUCCGUCAGCUUCACAAGCUCAGUCGGGUUCUGAGCAGCGAGUCAAUGUGGACAUUGGACAGCCGGCUCCUGCUCUAAGAAGAAGCACCCGGAUGACGCCGCUGUGGAGGAUCAUGAGCAGCAAACCGUCUGGAGCUUUCUGCCAGAACAACUUUGAGUGUUCCACAGGAUUCUGCAGGGCAGGACACUGUGCCACCAACCAGCGAUCGGAAGCCGUCAAGUCUUAGACUCCGCCGCAGGAGAGGACCUGAUGGUUCAUCAAAGUGUGUUUUAUUAAAUAGGUGUAUUUAUUACAGCUGGUAUGACAUAAGUUAGGUUUCAGGGAGCACUCUAAUGUGCCACAGAACAGGGCAAAAGUCGCUGCUCGGCCUUGGCUUGUUUGGAAUAAUGUUUGUCCUGAUAAAGAGGGUUUGCUGUCUGUCCAGUUCACUGAAGCCACAAUGACACUUUGGGAUAAAAAAAAUGUCUCUUUAUCCACAUAAUGAAACUGGAAAAAUGUUGUAGAUGCUUUUUUAAUAAGAUUAUUAUUUAUCUGUAAUAUAGUAAUAAGGAAAAGAUUCCUGCUUCAGUUCAAUGUUAACUUAUUGUAAAGAGAAAUUUUCAGAUUUAAAAAAAUCGACUUUAAUUUGAAGCCAGAAUUAAGAAGAAUGGGCCAUUAAAAUUAGAUGAGAAAGAACCUUGAAAGCAGGAAGCCAAAGGCAAAGAAACUAUCACUGUAAUUUUAACAGAUUGACUCUAAAAAACAGAAAUGAAAUGUAUAGAGAUCAAAAUUUAAAAUGAUUUCCUUUGGAUUUGAUUUUGUUUUGUUAGUAAAGGACCAAUUAAGAACCAAAGUUCUCACAAGAUCCUACAGAAAGACCAGGAAAAACAAAUUAUAUAUAAAAAAUAAACUUAGAAUCAUCUUAAUUCAAUCGUUGGAUGUGCUAUCAACUGUUGGAAGAAGAGUGUAAGCAGACAAACACAAAAACACUGGAACACGUGUCACAGAGGAUCAUUGUGAGCACUUUCUCAUCCUUUUACUGUAGACUUUCUUACAGAUGAAUAUUUGCACCAUUCUCGCUGCCACUUCCUGUUGUGUCUCUCAUAUAGAUGUUCCAGUGUUUUUAUUUUGUCCUUUUCCUGCUCCCUUGUUUUGUCUUAUAUCAAAUGUUCAUAGGAUUUUUUUUUUUUGCAUAGUAUUGUGGUUAUGAACUUUAUUGAUAAAUUAAACUGAAUGAAAAUUGAAGGGUGUAACAAAGUGUUUUGUUUUAGUUUGUUUUAGAUAUUACAGCCAAAGCAGUUUAGGACUGAACAGAAUUGCACUUUUAAAAUCCAAAAUAUCUUUGUACUGUGAACUGCUUACUGCGUUACUGACAUGUGAUGGUCAAUAAAAGUUCUGAAAAAUGGAA